AUGGCACCAGCAGUGGGCAUAGACCUUGGGACCACUUGGUCCUGCGUCGGAGUAUUUCAAAAUGGCAAAGUGGAGAUCAUAGCCAACGACCAGGGUAACAGGACUACACCGUCUUACGUUGCUUUUACUGAUACCGAAAGGUUGAUCGGAGAUGCUGCCAAAAAUCAGGUAGCAAUGAAUCCCAAGAAUACAGUAUUUGACGCCAAACGACUGAUCGGUAGAAAAUUCAACGACCCUGUCGUUCAACAGGACAUCAAACACUGGCCAUUUCAGGUUAUCUCCGACGGAGGAAAACCAAAAAUUGUGGUAGAAUAUAAAAAGGAGACUAAACAGUUUACUCCUGAAGAAAUUUCUUCAAUGAUAUUAACCAAAAUGAAAGAAACUGCUGAAGCGUAUAUCGGCGAACCAGUGAAAGAUGCUGUUAUAACCGUACCGGCUUACUUUAAUGAUUCUCAACGACAGGCAACAAAGGAUGCAGGAGUUAUAGCUGGUCUUAACGUUCUUAGAAUUAUUAAUGAACCCACUGCCGCGGCUCUUGCUUAUGGUUUAGAUAAAAAUUUAACUGGUGAAAGAAACAUUCUAAUUUUCGACCUUGGAGGAGGCACAUUUGAUGUUUCUAUUCUCCAAAUAGCUGAAGGUUCGCUCUUUGAAGUAAAAGCUACUUGUGGCGAUACCCAUUUGGGUGGCGAAGACUUUGACAGUCGCAUGGUAGAACAUUUUUGUAGUGAAUUUGAAAGAAAAAAUAAGAAAGACCUCAGGGAUAAUGCAAGAGCACUCAGACGACUUCGAACAGCUUGUGAAAGAGCUAAGAGAACAUUAUCUUCGAGCACAGAAGCCAGUAUUGAAUUAGACGCGUUAUAUGAAGGUGUAGAUUUCUAUUCAAAGAUGACCAGAGCACGUUUUGAAGAAUUAUGCACAGAUUUGUUUAGGAAAACUCUUGGCCCCGUCGAAAAAGCCUUAAAAGAUGCUAAUCUAAAUACAAGAGAAAUCAAUGACGUUGUAAUGGUCGGGGGUUCGACGAGAAUACCAAAAGUCCAGCGACUCUUGAGUGAUUUCUUUGGAGGUAGAUCUCUCAAUCUUUCUAUUAAUCCUGACGAAGCAAUCGCGUAUGGGGCCGCCGUUCAAGCAGCCAUACUCAGCGGCUACAAGGACACCCGAAUUCAAGAUGUAUUGUUGGUUGACGUCACGCCGCUAUCUUUGGGAAUAGAGACUGCUGGUGGUGUAAUGACGAAUGUAGUUACAAGAAACACUCGUAUACCAACCGCCCAAAAGCAAAUCUUUACCACCUACGCGGAUAAUCAACCAGCUGUCACAAUCCAGGUCUACGAAGGUGAAAGAGCGUUGACAAAAGAUAAUAAUUUAUUAGGUACUUUCAAUUUGACCGGUAUACCACCAGCUCCAAGAGGCAUUCCUCAAAUAGAAGUUACUUUUGAUUUAGAUACAAAUGGUAUCUUAAAUGUGAGUGCGCGUGACAACAGCACUGGAAGAUCUGAAGGUAUCACAAUUUCCAACGAUAAGGGCCGCCUGAGUAAGAGAGACAUAGAGAAGAUGUUACAUGACGCUGAGAAGUAUAAAUCAGAAGACGAAGCCGUGAAGAAAAAGGUUGAGAUGAAAAACCAAUUGGAAGGUUACUUAUUCGGAUGCAAAAUGGCAGCAGAACACGCCGGUUCCCACUUAACUGACAACGAAAAGAAACAAAUUGUCGACGAGUGUAACAAACACCUACGCUGGUUGGAAUCCAACCCGGAAGCAUCAAAAAGCGAUUUAGAAAAACAUUUGGAGGACGCUCAGCGGGUCUGCCAACCCUCCAUGAUGAAGCUUCACGGUGUUGGUGGAGCUGCAGGCAGCGGAACAGGUGGUCCCAGUAAUAUCCGUCCAGAUAGCUCAGGUGGUCCCAGGGUCGAGGAAAUAGAUUAA